GGAAGUUUUCAAAGCCAAACAUCGUCAGACAGGCAAGAAAGUAGCACUGAAGAAAGUGUUGAUGGAAAAUGAGAAGGAGGGGUUCCCCAUCACAGCCUUGCGAGAGAUUAAAAUCCUCCAGCUGCUCAAACAUGAGAAUGUGGUGAACCUCAUAGAAAUCUGCAGGACCAAAGCCUCUCCAUACAACCGCUGCAAGGGCAGCAUCUACCUUGUGUUUGACUUCUGUGAGCACGACCUGGCUGGCCUUCUCAGCAAUGCCCACGUCAAGUUCACGCUCUCAGAGAUCAAGAAAGUUAUGCAGAUGCUAUUGAAUGGACUUUACUACAUCCACAGGAACAAGAUCUUGCAUCGAGACAUGAAAGCCGCAAAUGUCCUGAUCACACGGGAUGGAGUCCUGAAGCUUGCGGACUUUGGGCUGGCUCGAGCUUUCAGCCUGGCUAAGAACAGCCAGCCGAACCGCUACACCAACCGGGUGGUGACUCUCUGGUAUCGGCCACCAGAGCUGCUCCUAGGUGAACGGGACUACGGUCCCCCCAUUGACCUCUGGGGUGGAGGCUGCAUCAUGGCAGAGAUGUGGACCCGCAGCCCCAUCAUGCAGGGGAACACGGAGCAGCACCAGCUCACCCUCAUCAGCCAGCUCUGCGGAUCCAUCACACCAGAGGUUUGGCCAAACGUGGAUAAAUAUGAGUUGUACCAGAAGCUGGAUCUCCCCAAGGGCCAGAAGCGCAAAGUGAAGGAUCGCCUGAAAGCCUACGUCAAAGACCCCUACGCCCUCGACCUCAUCGACAAGCUGCUGGUGCUGGAUCCUGCCCAGCGGAUUGACAGUGAUGAUGCGCUGAACCACGACUUCUUCUGGUCAGACCCUAUGCCUUCGGACCUCAAAAACAUGCUGUCUACCCACAACCAAUCCAUGUUCGAGUACCUGGCUCCACCACGCAGGAGAGGUGGGCACAUGCCCCAGCAGCCGGCUAACCAAGGCAGGAACCCGGCCGCCACCAACCAGACUGAAUUCGACAGGGUGUUUUGACCCCAGCAGGGUCCUGGCUGGACUACUCCGCAGGUUGCAUUGAGCGGGGAUGUCUGGGCGAGGUCUUUCUGUCUGGGAAGGGACUUUCUUCAAGGCGAAGUGCCUGCUGGCUUUAACCAAGCUCUGCUAUUUCCUCUCCUUGUGCAGCAGCUUGGCCACCGCAGAGCUGCGUGACUGGGGAGGUGAUGCGUGCGAGCCCAGGGUUGUUUCCCUG